UAAGUGAUAAAUCUGGUAUUCUGAUGCCUUUUAUAAUUAUUUUGGUAUCCAAAACCUCUCUCCUAGACAUUCUCUCUCUCUCUCUCUCUCUCUCUAAAAAGAGUGUUUAUAAAACCCAAAGCGCUCUGUUUUUUUUCUUCUGAGUUUUGGUUUGAGUGUUCUCAUUUUCCGUGUGUUUGUUAUAGUUCUGCUGUAAUUUUCUCGGAAAAGUUUGAUUGGUUCUGACCAAUUGUUUAUUUUUUUCUACUUAGAAAAAAAUGGUAUUGAAUUCGAACGCUAACAUUUAAGAGUCACUCGUGAUCCCGUCAAUCAAUCACUCCACAGAACCUAAGUGUCUGUCGAAACAGUGGAAAGGCCCUUUCUUUCUUUGGUACUUUUCCCUCGUUUUCUCGGGCUUUCUUUUUCCUUUUUUUGGUUUGAGAAACAAGUGAAAUUUGAGCUUUCCUUGCUUCAUUUUUCGCAAGGCUUGAUUGGUGGGUUUGAUUUAACUUUGAAUCACGGUGACCCUCCUUCUUUAGUUUUUUUUUUUUUUUUUUUAUUUGGGUUCAAUUCUGUUCCUUGAAAAAAAAGAACAAAGCAGAGAAAACGCUUGAGUUUUCUACAAGCGUAGUGGAUUUUCAAGGAAAGGUGAUAAAAAAGGGGUAAGUGGAACAAUUUUUUUUUGUUGGGUUUUUUUUGGUUUGAUCGGAGAAUUUGCCGGAAGUUGGAUUUUCCGGUGUACGGAAAGGUGUUGGACUUGGCCAACAUUUGCCAACGAAGAAGACUAAGCUGAGAAAAGAUUUUUGAGUUUCCCGUGAAUUUUGCUGUCCUAAACGUCGAAAAAUAGAAGUCUUUGCAAACCUAUUUUGCAUUCUCUCUCUCUCUCUCUCUCGCUCUCCCUCUAAAAGGGAAAAUCAUAUCCCGACAAUAUCUCUCUCUUCCUUCCUCUUUUUUCUCUCCCCAAACCUCUUUCUUUUGUCCUCUGUUUUUCGGUCUUCUUUUCUGGGCUUCCUCUGUUUUCAGGGUUGGUGAGAGAAACACUAAUUUCUUUCCCUCCCUUCAUCUCCGUCUUCUCCCUAACUCUCUCUCUCUCUAAAACAUGAUUUUGGAUAAAGGGUCAAUGCAAUCAAACCUUGAAUGUUUCCUCCAUUGCACAACACCGGUGGUUCAAUCUCAAUUUCUACCAAAGACUGAGAUUCGCAACCUGAAUAGUCUAUGGCAUCCAUGGGAAAGAGAAAAGGUCGAGUAUUUCACAUUGGCUGAUCUUUGGAGUUGUUAUGAUGAAUGGAGUGCAUAUGGCGCCGGUGUUCCGAUUGCCUUGGAUCAAGAAGAGACGCUUGUUCAGUACUAUGUCCCUUACCUCUCUGCUAUUCAAAUUUUCACAAGCAAUUCUUCCAUUAACAGUUUCAGAGAAGAGGCAGAAGCGGGUGAGUGUGAAACAAGGGAUUCUUAUAGCGAUUCACUUAGCGAUGAUAGUGAGAGCGAUAAGUUAUGGAGAUGGGAUGGGUGUUCUUCAGAAGAAGGAGGGUUUGAGCAAGAGAACAAUGCUUUUCAUCUAAAUGAUAGAUUGGGUCAUCGUUAUUUUCAAUACUUUGAGAGAUCAACUCCUUAUGGAAGAGUCCCUCUAAUGGAUAAGAUCAAUGGAUUGGCUCAAAGAUACCCUGGUUUGAUGUCACUUAGGAGUGUUGAUCUUUCACCAGCUAGCUGGAUGGCAGUUGCAUGGUACCCAAUAUACCAUAUUCCAAUGGGUAGGACCAUUAAGGACCUGUCUACUUGCUUCCUCACAUAUCACACUCUCUCAUCUUCUUUCCAAGACAUGGAUGUUGAAGAUGACAUGGAUGAAAGCAAUGCGGGGAUGGGGAAGAGAAAGGAAGGAGAUGGGAUCUCUCUACCACCAUUUGGGUUGGCCACUUAUAAGAUGCAAGGCAAUGUGUGGGUCUCGGGCAAGUGUGGCCGGGACCAAGAGAGGCUUUUGUCGCUAUUGAGCGUGGCCGAUUCAUGGCUAAAGCAACUUCGGGUCCAGCAUCAUGACUUCAAUUACUUCACUGGGAUUAUUCGCCGAUAGUAGUGCUUGUGAAUAAUCUAAGGGAUUAAAAAAAAAAAAAAAAAAAAAAAGAGGAAGAAGAAAAACCCAAAAAUACUUUUGCAAAAAAUUCUACAAAGAAAAAGAAAAAAACUGAUGAAAGGGAUUGAUCACUAAGAAAUAUCUUUUCUUUGGGUCUAUAUGGGUUUGUAGUUGGAACCCUUGUGGGAGUUAUGGCUCUUUCCGUUAUAUGGUGCCCUUAUUUGAAUUUUUCUUUCUUACACCAUCGAGAGGAGGGUGAGUGAGUUGAUGAGUUGACUCUUUUUUUUUUUUGCCACUUUUUUUCUUUUUCUCAUGCUGCUGUUGGAGCGGUGAAUAUGUUUUUUUUUUCUUCCUUUUUGUAGAAAGAUGGGUGAGUUUCAGAGAAAUAGGCUCUUGAACCAAUGAGUUUGUAUAUGGAUUGUGUAAUUGCUUUUUCUCUUGACCUAUAUAUAUAUAUAUGUUAAUGAACCAUGGGUGAGAUGAGAAAAAUAUAUACCCUGCUGGUUUUUGCAAA